UUGCAAACAAAAGGAAACAAGAGAAAAGAACAAUUUCAAGUGCAAAAGGAAACAGAGAAGCUCAUCUUUGGCUAUAUAAGGAGGUUUUCGUCCCCUAAGCCCUAACGUUUAAAGAUCAUCUAAACAAGGAAUUAUAAGAGAGAAAUAGAGAAAGAGCAAAGAGAGAUCUCCUUCUUUGUUGGACUGUUCUUCUUCUUCGUGUGUGUUUCUCAUAGUUUUGCGAUCUCCUUCUUUUGUUGUUGCCUGAUUUGCCUUUUUUUUGUUUAAUCGAUCGUGUGCUCUGAAGUUAUGGGAGAACGCAAAAGCCUAAACAAGUAUUAUUCGCCAGAUUUCAAUCCGAAGAAGAUACCUCGCCUCCAGAAACCGAAAAAUCAGCAGAAGAAGAUUCGAUUUAUGCUUCCACUACGUGUUCGAUGCAACACAUGUGGUAAUUACAUGUCGGAAGGCACCAAAUUCAAUUGCCGUCAAGAAGACGUCAUCAACGAGACGUACCUAGGCAUUAAAAUCCUUAGUUUCUACAUCAAGUGCACAAAAUGCUUGGCGGAGGUGAUAAUUAAGACCGAUCCAAAGAACAGUAGUUAUACUGUCGAAUCAGGUGCAACUUGCCUGUAUAAUGGAGUCGAGGAGAAGGAGAAGAAGCGUGAGGUAACUGAAAACGCAUUGGAGUCCUUAGAGAGGAGAACUGUGGUAUCUAAAAGAGAGAUCGAAGUUAUGGCUGCACUUGAUGAGGUUAAGUCUAUGAAGUCUAGACGAGCCUCCGUGAGCGUAGACUCCAUGCUUGAGGCUUUGAGUUGAAGAAAAAAGCAAGAAGAAGAGAACGUGGAGGAAGAAUUGCUCAUCAAGUCAAUAAAAUUUGGUAAGCGGACUAGAAGGAUUGAUGAAGAGAUAAACAAAAAUCUAUGAGGCGUUUGAUGAGAAGAAGAAGAAGGCUUAUAAUAAGAGACGUGAUUGCGGUAAUUAUCCCAGUCAAAUCUCUUCUGUUUGCAUAAUGACAUGUCGAAGAAGACUGUAAAGGAGGGACUCGAAUCUCUGUGUCACACCUAUGGCACCG